UUCCCGACCAUUCGAGCCCUAAGAUGGCGGACCGGCGGCGAAGGAGGAGGCGCGCGUCCCAGGACAGCGAGGACGACGACGAGUCCGGUUCGGGUUCGGACAGCGGGAGGUCGGGGUCCCCCGCGACCAAGAGCCGGGGGAAGGAGCCCGAGCCCGUGGAGGUGCCCGUGGUCCGGGUCGAGCCGAAGAGCGACGUGCAGUCCGAGUGUGAGAGUGAAGAUGGAGGGGUGGGAGAAGCGGUCCUGUCCGACUACGACAGCGCCGAUCCCGAGGAGAAUGGCUCCCACUCCGAGGGGGUGGAGGAGGAAGAGGAGGCAGAGCAGCUGAGUGGCGAAGAGGCUCCAGCAGCAGCAGCACCCAGCGAGCCCACGCCAUCGGCUCCCAGUGUCCCGGGAGAGGAGGGUGGAGAGGGGGUAGACAAAGAGCAGGGAGAGGGCGAGGGGGAGGUAGAGAAUGACGAGGAGGGGGAGGAGGAUGAGAGGGAGGAUGAUGGAGGAGGAGAGGGUAAAGAGGAGAGCAAAGUUGAGGAGAAGGGAGAUCUGACCGGAGAGAGACAGAGCGGCGAUGGACAGGAGUCGACAGAAGACCCUGAGACCAAGACGGGAGGGAAACCCGGUCAGAAGCUCGAUGAUGACGAGGACAGAAAGAACCCGGCCUACAUCCCCAGGAAGGGUUUGUUCUUUGAGCACGACGUCCGAGGCCACGCCCAGGAGGAGGAGAGACCCAAAGGUCGCAACAGGAAGUUGUGGAAGGACGAAGGUCGCUGGGAGCACGACAGGUUCCGGGAGGAGGAGCAGGCGCCCAAGAGCCGCGAGGAGCUCAUCGCCAUCUACGGUUAUGACAUCCGAAAUGGCGGCGGCGGCGGCCAUGGAGACCGGUCGUUCAGACAGCGGCGGGCCAGACAAAGUCUGUCUCCCAGCAGAGACAAGCGCUGGGGAGGGGGAGGAGGAGGAGGAGGAGGAGGAGAGCAGCGACCGGUCCGGUCCUGGCAGGGAGGAGGAGGUCUGAACCGAGGAGGAGUUCCUCCACCUUCCUCCGCCCAGCCCUCCUCUGUCCCGCUCUCCUACGCCCAGCGCCACAACCCCUCCAGGCCGCCUCCCUCCCGCAGCAGCAGACCGUCCCACCACAAUCAAAUGCACCUCCCGCCUCAGUCCCACUACAGGAACGACGAAUCCAAAGCGCCCCAGAUGCAUCCCAGAGAGCGACAGGGUCUCAAGGCUCAGUCAGAGCCUGCGGGGGAACGGGGCGUGGUCAGCAGAGGGGGGCGCGGGGGCAGGGGUGGUCUCUCCUUGGUCGCAGACAACGUGUCCGUCGGCCACGACGGCUUCGAGGAAAAGGACCCGAGCUUCAGUGCGUCGUUGCAGUCGGGCAGGUACCAGUCCGCUUCGCCCCGACGACAGCAGCAGGAGUACCGAGGCAGCGCCGACCGAUCUGCAUCUGGAUUGGCUGCCUCUGACCCCUCCCCUCAAUCGUCGUCAACAGCAGCCGCCAAUCGGGAAGCCUCUCCUCCCGCCGAGCGGCCGGUAGAGCGUAAGUCUUACUCGCUGGCUCGCAGGACCCGCUCUCGGCCCGCAGACCUGGGCAGCAAACAGACGUCCGUCGAGGAGACGACAACGGCCGGAGGAAACGCCCCCUCCUCCUCCUCCCCCAGUGGCGGUGGCGUGGGAGGGGGGACGUGGGCAGGAGUUGGAGACGGUCCGAGUCAGGGGGGAGGAGGGGGAGGGAUCAACGAGCUGGACCAGGACGUUGCUCGACUCAGUCUGGCAGGACAAACCUGGAGCCAGAGUCCGACGUCGUACAUCCGCCCUGACCUGAGAGGCGUCCCCAGCACCAUGCACCUACCCGCUGGCCCGCCACCGUUCUCCAGCAUGGAUGAGAUGGGAGUCGGCUCAGGUCGGGCCAAGCGCUACUCGUCCCAACGCCAGAGGGCCGUGCCCGAGCCGGCCCCGCCCCUGCACCUGGGCGUGAUGGAGGGACACUACUAUGAACCCAUGUCGUACCAGGGACCAAUCUACGCCCACGGGGACGGCCCCGCCCCCAUCCCGCCACAAGGCAUGCUGGUCCAGCCGGAGAUGCACAUCCCCCAUCCCUCUCUCCACCCGCACCAAUCAGGUGGCCCGAUCGCUAACCCUGCCCUCUAUGGUGGCCCACCUGUAUCUCUGUCACCAGGGCAACCACAGCAGCUGCUGCCACCGCCUUUCUACCCUCCGCCAGGGGUCAUGACCUUCCCCUACCCCGCCAUGUACCCGACCCCACAGGCUCAGGCGCAGGUGACCUAUGGCGGCGUGACAUACUACGACACGAUGCAGCAACAGGCUCAGCCCAAGCCCUCUCCGCCCCGCCGCACCUCCCAGCCCGUCACCGUCAAGCCCCCCCCUCCGGAGGUGCCCUAUGCCUCAGAGUGACCCCAUCUGGCCCUUCCCCCCAACCACCGCCACCCAGUCUCAGCCUCACUCAGUCCUGACAACCACAGGAGAAGGGUGGGAGGGGCCGAAAGGAGCUGCGGUCCCCGGCGGCAGCGGCGGCGGUAACCAGGGAGGUGACGGACACAGGCGAAGACGGACUGUACGAGACACUGGCAGCAUCAUGUUGGACACGCCCCCCUCUCUCACUGUCUCUCUCUGUAGCAGGGCGGCCCUCUUCUUUGACGCAGGGGUUCCGAUUAUGCCAACGUCUUUUUUAGCAACCACAUUGAAACAAAACCAACAACGUCUCCGGAGACACUUUGACAAAUUCAACUCCUCCAGAGUCGAACUGACGACGUGUCGGAGUUAAAGUCUUUUUUGUUUCUUCUUGUUUCAGUCAGUUGUUACAAACAGUUACGAUAAAAAAAAAACGGUUCAGUUGCGUGUUUAAGUUUAAACGCAGCUCGCAGUGUCAUUGACAACGUGACGGUGUUGCCCCCUGGUGGCUGCCGCUGCACAACAUGGCACCGCCCUUAUCUGGAAAGUUUAUCUUAAUUUUUGUACAAUGGGAGUCGUAGGGUGUCGAGGCCCCGCCCACACACACACACACACACACACACUCGUGACCAAUCAUUAGUCAGUGUCCGCUGUCGAUCAUAACGUUAUCGUUCAUUAGUUUGGUCACAUCUGCUAACACGGAGGGAGGGGGGCUUAUGACCUGUCCUGCAGCCGGACACCAGGGGGGGCCCUUUCACUCGGUCUGUUAAAACCUAGGUUCUUGUGCGUUUUCUUUUUCCCGGACGUUAGAUCGACGCUGUAUAUAAAAAUCUAAAUGUGUAAAUAGAAGCUCGAACAGAUGAAACAUAUUGUGAAGACGCUCGGCGUCGGCAGGGACUCGGAAUUUUAACGACGGAUUUACUUCAGACGACAGAGCAGUGGCUUCGCUUCCUGUUUUAUUUUCUUAAUUCUUUUGAAACGUCACCGUUUGAUUUUAAUAGUUAGUUUUUUUUUAUUACAAGUUGAAGCAGCAGCGACGCGUAGUGAUUCUCUUGGUUCCAGUUGUUCGUGUUUCAUCGUCUGUUUUUUUUUUUUAUAAAUAAAUCAAAGUUUAAGACACUUGAACAAAUAUGACAUCAUCAGUAUUCUGAGAGAACGUCGUCGGUCCUGAGCAGGUGUGUCAGUGUGUGUGAGGAGGCGUGGCCUCAUGGUGGAGGCUGACGAUUGGUCUCAGCUCAUUUGUUAUUGAUUUAUGUUUUUUUUAACGGACGUUAGAAGUCGUUGUUCGGGGCCACGGAGCGUUACAUGUGAUUAUUAUUGUUUUUGUUUUUUUGAAUGAAUCACUUCCUGUGUUGAGAUUCAGAUGACUUCACAUGAUGGUUCAGUUUGUGUCUCCACACAGGAUCAAUAAAGAUCAUAAUACUGAA